GUGCCGCGCGUGCGAUCUCCGCACGCCGUUAGUGCACGCGCAGAAGAAGAGAGCUCGCGACCAAUGGAACAGCGGUGGAGAGUUGCGGUCUUCUCCUGAUCACCUCCUUUUCUCCAGGACUGUCGUAUAAGGAAUAUGCAGAGAUGAAGCGUGUCCGGACGGAGCAGAUCCAGUACGCGGUGACCCAGUACCUGAAGAGGAGACAGUACAUAGACACUGAUGGCUCUCUGAAGGGGGCCAAACUCUCCCAGUCCGCGGAGGAGAUGGCUGCCAGUCUGACGGUUCAGACGGAGUCGAGCUGUGCGAAUGUGGUGUCGGCCGCCCCGUGUCAGUCAGACCCGCAGCAGUACGAGACCCAGUUCUCCAGACUGCGCUCCUUCCUGCAGGAGGCCGAAGCACCGUUAGUGAAGGAGGUGAGCGGCGUCUUGUUUCCGCUCUUCCUCUACCUGCACCUGGACAUGGCGCGAUGUGGCCUGAAGGGGGCGGUAGACUCGUUCUACGGGCGCUUUCACUCGCUCUUCCAGCAGGACCCUGAGCAGAAAGCCAUCGUGGACCUGCUACGAGGAGCCCUCACACUGCAGGAUGUGACCUCAAACCCUAAACUCGGUUCCCUCCUGGAUCACAAGUACGUGGUGCACCUGACGGAUCAAGCGUACAGUUACCUGCUGCGAUACCUGCAGAGCGACGACAACAGCGCCAUCUGCUGGGCGCUCAGCACGCAUGUGAAGGUGGAGGUGACGGCAUCGCGGCGAACCGACUACCAGCUGUACGGCGCAGGGAUCGCAGCGGGAAACACCACCUCCACUCCCUCUUCCUCCACCACAUGGGCCGCCCUGGAUGGGUCUGAGGGGGCGGAGCGCGUGGAGGUCACGGCGGGGUUACCGCAGAACGAGGCGGCGCUGGACACGCUGCAGGACUGCAUAAAGCGCGUGCGAGAAGGUCCGCCUUCGCUCACCACCGUCUGCUUCUACGCGUUCCAGCACACGGAUCAGCUGCUCAACACGGCCGAGGUGUCGGCGGACAGCCGUCUGCUGGCGGCGGGCUUCGACAACUCCGCCGUCAAGCUCUGGAGUCUGCGGGCCAGGAAGCUGAAGGCCGGGCCUCACUGGGCCGAUGUGUCCAGAAUAAGACUCGCCUGUGAUGUGCUGGAGGAGGAGGCAGAUGACGAGGACGCCUCGGGCAGCGAGAUAAAGACCCUGCGCGCUCACAGCGGCCCGGUGUAUCGCACGGCGUUCCUGACGGACGGCUCCGGCCUGCUGUCCUGCUCGGAGGACUCCACCGUGCGCUUCUGGGAUCUGAGCAGCUUCACGAACACCGUCCUGUACCGCGGCCACGCGUACCCCGUGUGGGACGUGGACGUCAGUCCCUGCAGCCUGUACUUCGCCACGGCGUCCCACGACCGCACCGCGCGCCUCUGGAGCUUCGCGCGCACGUACCCGCUCCGCCUGUACGCCGGACACCUCUCCGACGUCGACUGCGUCAAAUUCCACCCCAACUCCAAUUACGUGGCGACGGGUUCGACGGAUAAAACGGUGCGCCUGUGGAGCACCCAGCAGGGGGCGUCCGUGAGGCUGUUCACAGGGCACCGCGGGCCCGUGCUCUCGCUAGCGUUCUCGCCCAACGGGAAGUACCUGGCGUCGGCCGGGGAGGACCAGAGACUGAAGCUGUGGGACCUGGCGUCCGGGAGCCUGUUUAAAGACCUGCGCGGUCACACCGACAGCAUCACCAGCCUGUCCUUCAGUCAGGACAGCAGUUUGGUGGCCUCCGCCUCCAUGGACAACUCCGUGCGCGUGUGGGACAUACGCAACGCACACGGCUCCGCCCCCGCCGACGGCUCCAGCAACGAGCUGAUUGGACAAUACACCGGGAGCACUAGCAAUAUCCUCAACGUGCAGUUCAUGGCCUGCAACCUGCUGUUGGUGACGGGCACUGCGCUGGAGAAACAGGAGCAAUGAGGGAAGGGCAAUCUCAGCUAAACAUGUCUAGGGCAUAUUCACCCCAAAAUCAUAUUUUGUGCAAGUAAAAUGACACCUUUUAGCACCAUUUAAACAUUAAACUCAUUCCCGAGUCAUCAUAGUUGUAAUAC